AGUGGAGGUCACAUUGCACAGCAGCCAGAAGUUUUUCGAAGAAUGCCAGCCAGUCAUCGAGUGCCCUUGGUUUGGGUACAGGGUACGUUUUCCUAACUUGCGGGUCUGAAAGUGCGUCUGUUCUCCCUUCAUUCCUGGUUGGGGUCUCGGCUGACAAUUUCUGUGCAGAAGUCUCCCUCAGGAUCAGACCAUAGCCCUUCUGGAAGCCUCCGUGAUGCUGGACGAGAACCACCACCUGAUCCAGUGCAUCCUGGAGUACCAGAGCAAGGGCAAGACAGCCGAGUGCACGCAGUACCAGCAAAUCCUGCACCGGAACCUGGUAUACCUGGCCACGAUCGCAGACUCCAACCAGAACAUGCAGUCCCUGCUUCCUGCCCCUGAGUGACGCCAUCAGCACGGGCCUGCCGCCCUCCUCCCUCCUGCAGGGCCAGAUUGGCAACGGGCCAAGCCAUGUGUCCAUGCAGCAGACGGCGCCUAACACGCUGCCCACCACCUCCAUGAGCAUCUCGGGGCCCGGCUACAGUCACGCGGGGCCCGCCUCACAGGGCGUCCCCAUGCAGGGGCAAGGCACCAUCGGCAACUACGUGUCUCGGACCAACAUCAACAUGCAGUCCAACCCAGUCUCCAUGAUGCAGCAGCAGGCGGCCACGUCGCACUACAGCUCGGCUCAGGGCGGCAGCCAGCACUACCAGGGCCAGUCGUCCAUCGCCAUGAUGGGGCAGGGCAGCCAGGGGAGCAGCAUGAUGGGGCAGCGGCCUAUGGCGCCCUACCGGCCCUCCCAGCAAGGCUCUUCCCAGCAGUACCUGGGCCAAGAGGAGUACUAUGGCGAGCAGUACAGCCACAGCCAGGGUGCCGCAGAGCCCAUGGGCCAGCAGUACUACCCCGAUGGCCACGGCGAUUACGCCUACCAGCAGUCAUCCUACACGGAGCAGAGCUACGACCGGUCAUUCGAGGAGUCCACACAGCACUACUACGAGGGGGGAAACUCCCAGUACAGCCAGCAGCAGGCUGGGUACCAGCAGGGCGCCGCGCAGCAGCAGACCUACUCCCAGCAGCAGUACCCCAGCCAGCAGAGCUACCCCGGGCAGCAGCAGGGCUACGGGCCUGCCCAGGGAGCCCCGUCACAGUACCCCAGCUACCAGCAAGGCCAAGGCCAGCAGUACGGAAGCUACCGAGCACCGCAGACAGCGCCGUCUGCCCAGCAGCAGCGGCCCUACGGCUAUGAACAGGGCCAGUAUGGAAAUUACCAGCAGUGAGGGACACACGUUCUGGCUGGAGCCCUUGUGGUAGCGUGUUCAUCCAGGGGCCGGAUGGGCUGGCGGCAGCUCUGGUGAACUGUGACAUGUUGGUUACCCUUUCGCCCAGUGCCACGUCUGCAUGUGAAGCGUGCUCAUUUCAUGCUGGGUAUGACGCCGAGCGCGCACCCCUGGCGCAAGACAGCGCUUGGUGGUGUGAUACUUUUGGUGCUGUGUAUAGUAUUGUAUGUCGGUACAUGGAGAGGUAUCCGUUUUUUGUCCCCCUGCCCCCUUCUCAAUGUUUCUAGCUAGCUUUGGGGGUCAUUUUGUCAUCAGAGCAUUCUGUACCCAGGGGCGGGACAGAUCUUGAGGACACCACAGUCCACCUGUUCCCGUCAGCAGACCUUAGGUCUCAUUUCCCUCCCCAUGCAGUGUUGUCGUGUGGGUUGUCAACUUCUCUUUAACUGGCUACACCACAGCUGGACACACAUACAGCCCCUGGAGGGCAGCCUCUUCCUGUGCCUCGAUGGGGUGGGUGGGAGGGCAUCUUCUGUGUGUUGGGCCAGUUUCUGUUACAUAACGAAAAGGACAAGCACCUCCCACGGGAGAGGCCACAGAUGGCCACCUCCAGAGCUUGCUCAUUGCCUGUCUCUCGCCAAUUCCGUUUAUCCAAAAAGGUACAUAGUUUUGAAUUAAAAAGUAAACAGGGAUCAGUGACUGUAUUCCAGAUAAAUAUGAAUCCCUAAGGGCCGUGGACAAAUUGCCUAACCCAGGGCCGGCGGUAUUGCUGAAGGAAAGAGGCAGCUCUCUGGGUUACUCUGGCUCUGACCCUUGUUUAGCUGAUGGUCAUUUCUGGGAUUGGAAUAGUUAAUACGCCCGAUUCUAAGUUGAUAGGUAAUUUAAAAUAUUCAAAUCAAAUUUUCCAAACAGUUGGCAAGUUGUUUAUUUUAUAUUAUUUCUUCCAGGACCUACUUGCUCAGAUCUCCAAGCAAGCAUUUCUUUUCUUUUAGGGAUGUCUGAAAGUCACAUCCACUAACAUUACUGUGUUCUUUCUAAUGAAAAGUAAAGGUUUUUUAUAGAGAAA